UCCACCGCCAGGGGCCGCUGCGUGCCAGCUGCACCCGGCGGGCGCCCCGCACUGUUCCCGAGAAGGCGGUGACGCCCGCUCCGGGCUACGGGAGCUGGGGCGGCCGGCAGCCCGGAGCAGCGGUGGCGGCUCAUGCUCCCAGGCCCGCUGGCGAGAGGCUUGGAGAGAACCAGUCGGCAUACUCACGGCCGGCAGGCUAGGCCGGAGCGACCCGGAGCCUGGAGCCCGGUCCUGCCGUCUUGGAGUCUCGAUAACUUGGCAAGCGAGGGACAGAGCUCUGGACCAGACAGCGCCUAAGUUGGGACCUGCCUUUCAGGUCUUGGUCCCAGGACGGCAGGGAGGAAGAACCUCAGGUUCGCAGGCUGGCCAGUGGGGCCGCGGAGGGGCAGGUGGAGUAAGUCUGAGGCCAUCAGAUGACCAGACAGACACUGAAGGAUCCCAAAGAAGGAUGAGCUGGAGGGCCAUGCAGAACUGGAGCCCAGGGGGCUGGCUGCUAGCACUUGUCCUGGCCAGGCUGUGGACCUGCCUGGCUUUGGCUUCCUUAGGGCCUCCAACUGCCACAGUCCUGGUAAAGCAGGGCACCUGUGAGGUGAUUGCCGCUCAUCGCUGCUGCAACCAGAACCGCAUUGAGGAGCGCUCCCAGAAGGUCAGGUGCUCCUGCCUUUCUGGCCAGGUGGCUGGUACUACGCGGGCAGAGCCCUCCUGUGUGGAUGCCUCCAUCGUUCUCCAGAGGCGGUGGUGUCACAUGGAGCCCUGCCUGCCAGGGGAGGAGUGCAAGGUGCUGCCGGACCUGUCCGGAUGGAGCUGCAGCAGCGGACACAAAGUCAAAACCACCAAGGUAUCCAGCCAGGUGGACAUUUCACCUACCCCUCCUCCUUCGCCUUCACUUGGGAUGGAAAGCAGGCAGAGGAGCUGCAGGACUCCAGGGUGGCAGUGUUCAAAGGAGGGAUUGGUCACACGAUAGCUCUUGCAAGUCAUGGCUGAGGACAGGUUUGAUUAAGCCCUGGACUGAAGAAUGGCACUUAGCCAUUGGUCAGCAAAUAUGGGGACACAUGCUUCAUGACAAAUGCAACAUCGGUCACUCGAGGGACAUUUGAAUCUGCUUGGCAGAUGUGAUGCAUCUCUAACCACCAUUCCUAGACUGCUAUGUGCUUGUGGAGACAAACACAAAGCUCAAGACACAAUCCUUGCUCUUAAGGAAUGGCCAGUCAAGUUGGGGAAUUGAUGGCCAAUAGUUUAGAUAAUUCAGAGUAUAUGUCAUGGCUUCUGCAGUGGGCAGGGUAGGGGCUUGGCGGUGAGACUUCCAUACCUCUUCGCCAUCUACUGACCUCAGGGCACAAAGGCAAGAGGUCACGUUUGGCAUCUUCUCCUCACAUCCUUCACAUCAGUCCUGAAUCUCCACCAAUCUGUGACCGUGUCGAAGGCAAGCACUCUCAUAUAUGCCAGGCAAGCAGGAUCUCAGAUGGGACGGAUUGAUUUGCAGAAGGCAGGAAAGAUGAAGUUGAACGACUUUCCAGCAAAACAUCUGCAGAGCGUAGCAUGCGUUGGGUGUUCAUUGGGUGUGGAAUGAGCAGGACCUUAGAAUCUUUCUUGCUCCUUCAAGCCCCUUGGGGUAUCAUUCAUUUUUUGUUUGUUUUUGUUUUUGUUUGCAGAACCAGGGAUUGAACUCAGACCCUUGCGCUUGCCAGGGAAGCAUUUAUUCUACUGAGCCAUCUCCCGGGCUCCCUCAUUUGUUUGUUUUGAAAGAUGAGGAAACUGAGUCCCACAGUGGUGGGGUGAUUUGCCCAAAUCUCACAACCCGGGUUCCCAAAUCUGACUGUGUCCUUCCACUAGAGCAGAUGUUGAUCCACUAGAGCAACCUGUUCCUUCCAUGUUAAUUUUUUUUCAAGUACUGGUCCCUGUAAAACACUGGCUGAGUAGCAGUACACUUUGCUCAGAACAUGCUAGAGUGUGGACUUCGACCAAAGCUUUGUUCUCCUGUCCAGAGUAAUCCAGAGUACCUACGCCCCAGGGUAUAGAGUCACUUGGUCUCCACUCUGCCCCUCACCCCCAAAAUUCCACACAGGCUGACAGCCUUGAGGUCACUCAGCCCAGUUAGACCCUGGAACUCUGAGCUUGCAUCACUGCUGCCUGAGGCUGCUCAGAGCCCUCAUUCCUCAGAGGCUGUGCUGAGACAGAAGCUGUGGCAGGCUGGAUCCUAGUCCAGAUUUGAGGGUCAGAACAUUCAGGCUGGCGCCUGUAAUGGCUUGGGGAUAACAAUGGGGCUCCAUGCCUGUGCGUGAUACUGGGGCCUUAGAGGGCAGGGUGUCAUUAGUGAUUAACCUGGGAGCUGUUGAAUUCCAACCCUUAGAGAAGGUGAUUCUGAUGAUGGUGUGAGGCUGAAAAUGUUUCUUCACCUACAUCACACAGCAGAGCUAAAGCUGUUGUUGGCUGACCUCACCUACCGCAGUGUGUUUGGAUUUUGUUUUUGGUA